CUCCUCACCAGCAUAACCGACUCAACAAUGUCAUUGAAUAUAAUAACAGUAACACUGAAUAUGGACUCGGUGAACUUUCUGGGCAUCUCCAUUGUGGGCCAGUCUACUAAGUCGGGCGACGAUGGUAUCUACGUUGGUUCCAUCAUGAAGGGCGGCGCCGUAGCACAGGAUGGUCGCAUAGAGCCCGGUGACAUGAUCCUCGAGGUCAAUGGCAUCUCAUUUGAAGAUAUGAGCAACGACGACGCUGUCCGCACCCUUCACCUUUCCUUACAAUUUUUCUUUUCAGUUCACCCCUUAAAGAAAAACGGACUUCCCGUAGUUCGUUCUUCCUCCCUCCUCUGUCUCUUGCAAUUAAUAAUGUGUACAAAUCUAGUGGUAAAUCAGGGACACGAUUUCACAUUAUCAUUAAAUACUAUCAUAAUUUAUUUACCCAUCACUUUCUAUGUUUUCUCACCCUGGAUGUAUGUACAUGAGUUGUGA